AUGGAGAGCGACACUUACCUGCACGAAGAUCCAAAAACGGGAGAGACAUUAACCUGCGACCGGUGUCCUCCAGGCACUCAUAUGAGCUACCACUGCAACAGAACAUCGCCGACAGUUUGCUCGCCCUGUCCAAAGAACCACUUUACCCAGUAUUCCAACUACCUCUCCAAAUGUCUGUAUUGCAGCACAUUCUGCGUGGAUAAUCAAAUUAUUAAAGAGGAGUGCUCACCUAAGAGUAACAGGGUCUGUGACUGCAAAGAAGGUUAUUACUGGCGUGCGGAUUUCUGCGUAAAACACUCAGAAUGUCCCACAGGUUUCGGCGUAAAAGAGAAGGGUACAGUGCACAAAAACACUGAAUGUGAGAGAUGUCCUCGCGGCACCUACUCAGACAGCCUCUCUCUCGACCCGUGCGUAAAUCACACAGAUUGCGCCUCUGCCGGGCUCAUCGUCGCCCUCAAGGGAACUAGUUGGCAUGACAACAUUUGUGCGUCCUGCGAUGAUCUUAAAAAUGAAGGUGGACUUGUUUUACUAAAAAACAUUUUACCCAACUUCUUCGCUCAUGAAAACCUAAGAGUGGGCAGAAUGCGGAGGUUUGUUCGAUAUCACUUACAGAAUGGUCUGAAACAACCCUUUUACGGGUAUUUGACCUUGUCUGAGAAGAAACAAAUUCUGUUUCAACGUAUUAAGCGGUGGGCUGACGGCGCCACUACAGCUCAGCUGAAGCAACUUCCUGAGAUGCUGCUGGACAUGCAUCUCCCUCACGCCGCAGACAAACUGGCUAAAAUAAUAAGGGCACUGGAGAAUCCGUCCAAAUGCAACAUUUCUACCAGACCGAGAUAUACCGUUAAUCGCAUUUAG